CCGGCAAGUUUCGUUCUUUCAAGCCACCACACGAGGCCAACCACAAAGAUGGCUAAGAAAAAUAAGCCCAAAUCAAUGGAUAAUGAAGAUGGAGGAGGCGCUGAAGAGGAAGAUCCUGAUUUCAGUGAUCCUGAAGACUUCGUCGACGAAAUAACGGAUGAAGAGUUGCUUGGUGACUUGCUUCGACAGAAGCCGAAGGAGACGGAUGGUGUUGAAUCUGUUAUUAUAGUUGAUGGUGUCCCCUCAGUUGGUGCAGAGCGAUUGGAGAAACUUAAAAAUGUGGUUCGCAAAAUCUUUAAAGAGUUUGGUACACUUAUCAACGAAUAUUAUCCAACAGGAGAAGAUGGCAAGACUAAAGGGUACAUCUAUUUGGAGUUUAAAGACAGAGCCUCAGCGGAAGAGGCUGUGAAGCAGAGGAAUAACUACAAGUUAGAUAAGCAACAUACCUUCUUUUGUAACGUUUUCACAGAUUUUGACAAAUAUGAAAAUAUCACUGAUGAAUUUGUGCCACCAGUUCCUCAACCGUACAAGGAUCACGGUAACCUGCACUACUACUUGCUAGAAGAGAACUGCUUUGAUAUGUUUUCUGUUCUUUAUGAUGAGGGACUUAAAACUGCCAUAUAUCUUAAUUCCAUCCCCGAAGCUCAAGAAGUGAUAAACGUGAGUAUGUGGAGACAGUCUUAUGUCCGUUGGUCACCUCGGGGCACUUACCUUUGCCACUUUCCAUGUCAAGGCAUAGCCUUGUGGGGGGGUGAGAAAUUCAAGCAACUAAAGAAGUUUAGUCAUCCUGGAGUUCGUUCAUUAUUUUUUCACCAUGUGAGUAAAUACUUGGUCACAUUCUCUCCUCACGUUGAUCCGAGGGCUGAAGAACCCCAGUCUGUCAUUAUUUGGGACACAAGAUCUGGCCAGAAGAAGAGAGCAUUCAAUGCUGAGAGACCACCACUGUGGCCAGUUUUCAAGUGGUCCAAUGAUGAUAGGUACUUUGCCAGGAUUGGUGAAGAUCUCUUAAGUGUGUAUGAGACCCCGUCCUUCGGAUUGCUUGAUAAGAAGAGCAUAAAAGUUAGUGGUAUUAAGGACUUCAGUUGGUCUCCCACAGACAACAUUUUGGCAUAUUGGAUUGCAGAAGACAAAGAUGUACCAGCCAAAGUGACCCUUGUUUCCAUACCAAGCAGAGAAGAAGUGCGCACAAAGAAUCUGUUCAAUGUUGCUGACUGCAAGAUGCACUGGCAGAAAUGUGGUGAUUAUUUGUGUGUUAAGGUCGCCAGAUACGCCAAGGCAAAACGUGAAAAGAAUGAAGUGAAGUACUCCGGUAUAUACUACAAUUUUGAAAUUUUCCAUAUGCGAGAAAAGGGAAUUGCUGUUGACAGCUUGGAAAUUAAGGAAAAUAUUCAGGCAUUUGCUUGGGAACCAGUAAAUAAUAAAUUUGGUAUUAUAUCAGGGGAACCUCCCAAUGUUAAUGUCACCUUCUUCCAAGUGAAUAAGGGACAACCGCCAACUGAGCUGAAGAAGUUGGAGAAACGUCCAUGCAACAACCUCUUCUGGUCUCCACAGGGUCAGUUUGUUGUAUUGGCUGGCCUUCAUAACCUAAGUGGAGCUCUUGAGUUUAUUGACACCAAGGAUUUCCAGGUAAUGCAAACUGCUGAACACUUUAUGGCAACUGAUAUUGAGUGGGAUCCAACGGGUCGUUAUGUUGCAUCUUGUGUGUCUUGGUGGGGCCAUAAGGUUGAUAAUGCUUACUGGUUGUGGUCAUUCCAAGGAAAAUGCUUGAAGAGACAAGUCUUCAAUAAGUUCUGUCAGCUGCUGUGGAGGCCUCGUCCACCAUCGCUGCUUUCAGCUCAAGAUAUCAAGGAUAUCAAGAAGAACAUGAAGAAGUAUGCUGCUAACUUUGAGGUGCAAGAUAAGAUGCGUUUCAGCAAGGCCUCUCGAGAAAUUAUUGAGAAGCGACAGAAACAGAUGGCUGUGUUCACAGAAUAUCGCCAGAAGCAAAUAGACCUUUACAAUGAGACCAAAGAAGAACGCUUGAAACUUCGUGAUGGACAAGAUACCGACACCCUUACAUCGAAUGAAAAUGACUUCAAGGAAGAAAUUGUUGAAUUUUUGAUCAAGAAAGACGUUGUAGUGAUUGAAGACUAAUCAUCAAGCUAAAAUCUGCGUAUUCGCCAUCUUUGUAUUGUGGCCUCGUGAAGUGUGGUGGUGGUGGAAGAACUAUUAACAUCAGCUGUAGAAUACAUUUACGGAUCACUUCUUUGAUGGUGAAAAAUUCUAUUCGGCCUUUAAUCACUUUGAGGCUGAUUAAUUGAAUUAGCUUUAGGGUGAGGUUUGAUGAAAAGACUUUAGAGCUCAAGCUCAACUAGACUUUCAGCUGUAGAGCCCAAGCUCAAGUAGACUUUCAGCGGCAGAGUUGGGGGAUAUAUUCAACAUGUCCUUUUGGACUUCGUGGUGUGUAACUCCUGGGACGAUUCUGUAUUACAGUGGUUUAUUCCAUAUUCCUUUUAGGAAAAAGUUGAGUCUACUUAUUAAAUUGUUUAAAGUGAAA